CCUAGAUAUCGAUCUCGCAAGGGUGAAAUUGCAACAAAUGUAUUAGGUGUAUGUACACCUAAUAUGCAAUUUGUGUAUGUUCUUCCGGGAUGGGAAGGAUCUGUAGCAGACAGUAGAGUUCUUCGGGAUGCAUUAUCUAGAAGACAUCCACUUAAGGUCCCUAAUGGUUGUUACUACUUAGUUGACGGAGGAUAUGCUAAUAGUGAGGGAUUUUUGGCACCAUUUAGAGGUCAAAGAUACCACUUAAAUGAAUGGCGUCAAGGUCAUCAACCGACAACUCCUCAAGAAUUCUUUAAUAUGAAACAUGCAGCUGCUCGUAAUGUCAUAGAACGCUGUUUUGGAUUAUUGAAAAUGAGAUGGGCUAUACUUAGAAGCCCAUCAUUUUAUCCUAAGCUUGAACGUGCAUUAAAAGAGGUUGAUGGUUUACAAAUGAUGAAAUGGACCUUGUUUCGUUUAAGCUCACUGAUCAUCCUAAUAAAGUAG